AACAUACUCCUAAAGGAAUUUGGACAACAAAUUCCCAAUGCAGGAAGCCCAAUUCUUGGGAUUUUCAAUUGUAUGUUUUUGCGAUUUGAAGAGUGCUGCUGUUGAUUCGAUUGGGUGAUUUGAUUGGGAAAUGCUUCGAUUAAGAUAUUUACCAUUGUUGGAAAUUCUUGCUUCCCGACUGUUGACCUAAUUUCGUUUUCUUCCCCUUUUUUUAUGGUCUGGGCAAUGAUUUAGAGUGAGAAAAAAAAGCAGGAGAAAAUUGAAGAAAUUCUGUUCGAGAAAAUGGGGAAUUCGUUUGGAUGCUCUGCGUCGGGUGAGAGAUUGGUAUCGGCUGCAAGAGAUGGUGAUUUUGUUGAGGCAAAGAUGCUGUUGGACUGCAAUCCCUGCCUUGCGAAGUACUCUACUUUUGGUGGAUUGAAUUCUCCUCUUCACUUCGCCGCUGCUAAAGGCCACAAUGAGAUUGUGGCAUUGUUGCUGGAGAAUGGAGCUGAUGUGAAUUCAAGGAAUUACUGUGGGCAGACAGCGUUGAUGCAAGCUUGUCGAUAUGGCCAUUGGGAAGUUGUUCAGACACUUCUCCUAUUCAGAUGCAAUGUUACCAGAGCUGAUUAUCUUAACGGGAGGACUGCUCUUCAUUUUGCUGCCGUCCAUGGACACAUCCGUUGUAUGAGAUUAGUCGUUGCAGAUUUUGUUUUGUGUGUGCCAAACGAAUCUAUAAAUUCCCAAACAUCGAGUGACAGAAAUGAUGGAUCUCAAUCUAAAGCAAGCGCACUCUCCAAGCUCAUAAACAAGGCUGCCGAUGGUGGAAUUACUGCCCUUCACAUGGCUGCGUUGAACGGAUACUUCGACUGCGUGCAGCUCCUGCUUGACCUUAAGGCAAAUGUAUCAGUUGCCACAUUCCAUUACGGAACAUCCAUGGAUUUGAUAGGUGCCGGAAGUAACCCUUUGCAUUAUGCUGCUUGUGGAGGAAAUUUAAAGUGCUGCCAGAUCCUUCUUGCAAGAGGUGCUAGUCGUUUGGCAUUGAACUGCAAUGGAUGGCUUCCGGUUGAUGUUGCAAGGAUGUGGGGUCGUCAUUGGCUUGAGCCCUUAUUGGAUCCAAAUUCAAAUUUAUCCAUUCCAACAUUUCCACUCUCUAAUUAUCUAUCGUUGCCGCUCAUAAGUGUGCUAAACAUCGCACGAGAGUGUGGAUUGCAGCAUACACCUAGCGCGCCGGAUGAUGCUGAAAUCUGUGCUGUAUGUUUGGAAAGAGUAUGCACAGUAGCUGCGGAAGGGUGUUCACAUGAACUCUGCGUCAGGUGCGCUCUCUACCUAUGCUCGACUAGCAGCAUCCCGUCAGAAUCAUCAAUCCCGCCUGGCUCCAUUCCUUGUCCACUCUGUCGACAUGGGAUUACAUCUUUUACCAAAUUGCCCGGGUCCUCAUCAAAGGAGAUGAAACUACCUUUAUCUCUUAGCUUAUGCACACCGUGCGUUCUCCACCCGAGAGAACAGGAUACAUCUGAAGCUGCAGGUUCUCCCGAUAUGAGAAAGAGACACGUCAGUUCUGUAUCGUCGGAUAUUUUCUGCCCCAUCACCUGCACACCAUUUCCUUCCAUGACCAUCCCGUUGUGCACGUGCAACGAAGGCCCGUGCCCUAAAUUUGAUUCUGGAGAAGCCGAUCCCAAUGAAGAGUCCCCUCAGCACUCACAAACUUUGCCGGAUGAACAUGAAAAGAUGGAAGCGAUGAGAUUGGAGAAAACCACCUGUUCGAAUAUGUUUUGGGGUCGAAGAAGCUGCAGCAGAGAGAAUCAGUGCAAUGCCGAAAUCAACACAUGAGCCGGCACAAGAAAGGUCAAAAUUUCACUCUUUCUUUUUUUUUUUUCCCUUGGCACGGUAUCAAUUCUAGAUUAGUCGAGAUUUUAGGGUUUUCGAUUUGGUAUCUGUGUGCCUUGGAAUUGGAUUUGCUUGCUUCUGCUUUCUUACACUGUAGUUUGAUACGUAUACAUCUGCUCGAUUGAUUACAUCAUUCUGUACGUGAAGAAAAUGAUCUAUUAUAUCCGAACACUAUCUUCAUGUCGAACUUGUGUUCCACUGUAAUCGAUUUGUUUUACAAUGAGAGUAGUAGCAUUCUUCCCCUGUU